UUCUAUAUCCUAGCUAGGGUUCUCUUCAAUUUUUAUCGCGGAAUUAUCUACUGUUCCGCCUCUCUCUCUCUCUCUAGAUCUCAUGGCAGCCACCACCAUCGCGGACCUUCCAGAUGACAUAAUUUGCAACAUUCUAGUAAGAAUCCCUGAUAUCAAAUCCAUCAUUAGAUGCAACCAUGUAUGCAAGACGUGGCGCAAACAGAUUCUCCGACCCUACUUCGCCAAAUCGCAUAGCUCGAGGGGGUCUCCUCCUCUCAGUCUUAUGCUCUACCAUCCCUCUGACGGGCCCCCCGACCCUGCUCCCUCCGGCAUCCUAAUCCCCACCAAACCCCGUCACUUCGGCAUUCUCGAGGUUGACAACGACAACCUUCCCCGUUUAGGCUGCCCAAAUCCCACCGUGGAAUUCGAACCUGAGAUUUACAUCCCCCGCGAGGGCUAUGAAAGACGAGUAAUAGGAGCAUGCAACGGGUUAGUUUGUUUGUGUGUUGACAAGGAUAUUGUGGUGUGUAACCCAAUUCUUCAAGGACGGCAACCUUUUGUCCUUCCAAAACUGCCAGAACAGCCAAAAUGGGCAUAUAGUAGGUCAAGAUUGGGGUUUGGGUUUAGUCCAUUGAGUGAUGAAUACAAGGUCUUGAGAUGUAAUCAUGAAACCAUGUCAUAUCGUGAAGGCCAUAUUAUAUCGUUCGAGGUUUGUACCCUUGGGAGGGAUGAUACAUGGAGGAGCAUCGGGGAAGGAGGAGGGCACAACGGAAUACGAUUCCCUCGCAGUUCUAUGUCCCCUGGUAUUGAUUUUGUUUUGGUGAAUGGUGCACUUUAUUGGCUAGGGCGGGACAUGGCUUCAGGAUUGUUAUGCUAUUUUGAUGUGGAGAUUGAGGAAUUGGGAAGUACUUUCUCCUUGCCUUGUGAAAUCGAUGGUAUCGUGCAUCUUGAAGUUUUGGAGGAUUUUUUAUACCUUUUCGAUGUCGAUCGGGAAAGUCAUGUAAAUGUGUGGGUGAUGAGAGAGCACAAACGUACGGGGGCUCGGACAUGGAAAUGGAUUUGUAAGCUACCAUAUCCUUGUGGGAUAGCUGGACCAAUCCAACCGAUAAAAGUUUUCAAAGAUGGAACCAUAUUGAUGAUUCUCAAUAAACUUAUUGCUGAUCAAGAAAAAUAUGGCAAAGUUCUUGCAUCUCAGAAUCCUUAAACAGGAUUAAUUAAGUAUCACGAAGCUCUAUUUUUGCCCGAAUCAAUUGCUCAUGCACCAAGCUUCCUCUGCCCGCCAUGGUUGCUAUGAAUGGGUAAAAACUUCACAUCAAUUGUGAGAUCAUACUAGCUCAUAUUGUACGUACGUAUACCAGAUCAUGUGAUUGUUUGGGCUAAGGUCUUUUUUCAAUUUUUUAAGGUAGUUUCAUGGUCUUCUUAUGGGAUUUUGAUUGCUUGCAUGUUGUUCGUUUUUACAUAGGUGCAUUUUAAAAAGGUUAAUGAUAAAGCUGCGAGUACUUUUUAUGACGCGACGAAAACUAUUGUGACUCUACAUUUUUAUCAUCACGUGACAAAUAUAACUAUCUUCCCAUAGAUAUA